ACAUUAAUUGUUGCAAGCUUGGGUUCGGACUAGUUUUUAAGUACAUCAACGCCCAUCGGCACAUAUAAUACCAACUAGUUUCUACUUUAACGACUUAUCAAUUAAUUCCCAACCGUGUUCCCAUGCACUUCAAUGGCAUGUUUUUCACGAGAGGACCAAAUAUAUCUUUCCCACUGCUAAAAGAGAAGUUAGCUGAAAAGGGGAUGUUAACAAAUUAAGUUUUAUAAUUUAUUGAUUUGUUCAUCAUUAAAUCAUGUACCAUGCAUCAACAACAUUAGGGCAACUAAUAUGAAUUAAUUUAUCAUCAUAUGCCAAUAUUGCCUUUUGAUGAUCUCUUAUCAUGUAUUUUAAUUUAUUAAAUUUAUUUAUUUUGAAACUCAAUAAAUUUGUCUCUUUAAACUUCCAUAAUUGUAUUUGAAAUUAUAAUGUUUCUAGAUAUCUUUUAAUAUUUUUAUGUGUUCAUGUAUUUGUUGAUAUCAACCUUAAAACUUAAUAAGAGUGACAGAAAUGAAGUAAAUUAAUAUGUUGAUCAUGAGUUUAAUGGCUGGCAGGUCUCACCUGCCACACCGAAAUAGCUAUAAAUGAAGGAAAAAACUGCACAUAGCCAAACACCAAAACAGUAAUCCGAUUUCAAUUGCACUACCAUCCCAUAGUUAUUGCUUCAUCGACUAGCUUGUUCCUUGUGUUCUUGUGCAUGGCUAAAUCCAAUCGGGCAGUUGAACUAGUACCAGAGAAAAUCAAUGCCCUCAACCCUCAUUUAGAAACCAAUUAUCUCUUCUACUGCUAUAUAUUCAAGUCUAUAUGCUAAGCUGAAGUCAAGAAACCUUGUUUUCUAAACCAAGAAUUUUGCUUUCCUUUUAGUAUAUAGUAGUACCUUACAGAGAUGGCUUGCACUGGUCAGCUUCAUGUGGAGGUUGAGCUAAAGUCUUCUGCGGAAAAGGUGUGGGGAACCAUUAGGGACUCCACCAAAAUCUUUCCUGAAGCCUUGUCCCAUGAUUACAAGAGCAUUCAAGUGCUAGAGGGCGAUGGCAAGGCCCCUGGAUCUAUCCGCCUCAUUAACUAUGCUGAAGGGUCUCCUAUUGUUAAGGUAUCAAAAGAGAGAAUUGAAUCAGUGGAUGAAGCUGGAAAGAUGUACGUUUACAACAUAAUUGAUGGGGAUCUCAUGAAGUACUACAAAACUUUCAUUAGUAAGAUCAAUGUGGUUCCCAAGGGAGAGUCGAGCUUGGUUAAAUGGUCUUGUGAAUUUGAGAAGGCAAGUGAAGAGAUCCCUGAUCCAAGCGUCAUUAAGGAAUUUGCAGUGAAGAACUUUGUGGAGAUUGAUGACUAUCUUCACAACAAGGCAUAGAGGCCAGGCCACCUACUCCCUUUUAAUAGGUUGUCUUAUGUUUUAUUAGUAAAUAAUAUGCAGUGUUCCUACUUCAGAAUAUUUGGCUCGAGAUCGAUCCUUUAAUAAGUUCACCUUCUUGGGUAGUGACCUCUUGCCAGCAAGAAGAGACAAGAGGGAUUGAUCAGUUUGUUGCCUCAUAUUUUCCAGAUUAAUAUACCUUAUAAUUU